GUCACCCCACUCCCGGCAUGCUCCAAGUCCAAUGGUUGCAAAUGGCGGGUAGUCGGCAUGUAUUUAGCUAGUUUUGCGUCUUUUUUGAAUAUUUACUCCAAUUGUUGUACUUUCCUGACAGAUAUCCACAGCGUCGAUAAUAUUGUGCGGAUAGAAUAGUGUGAAUAAUUUGGGGUUUCUACGCUUUAAUAAUAAAUGCCCUGUAAUUCAUUGCGCGGACAUGUUUGACGUGAGAGAGUUUGCGCUGCUGUGUUUGUCAUUAAUGUUCAUCUUUCACACUUCUCGCUCCUCCAAACUAAAUAUGCCCAAAGUGCUGCUGCCGCUCGCCAGAAGCACAAGAAUCAACUUCACACUGGAAACCACUGAGGGUUGCUACAAAUGGACUUCAACACGGCCAGAAGUAGCAAGCGUCCAGCCUUUGGAUGAAGACAUCAGUCGCGGCUGCUCCAGGAAAGCAGUUCUCCAAGCUCUGUCCAGUCAGCCCUCCAGACGGACCAGCAUCAUUCUGGCUGAAGAUGUCGUGACGGGACAGGUGCUGCGCUGUGAUGCCAUCGUGGACGUCAUCAGCGACAUCCAGAUCGUCUCCACCACCAGGGAGCUGCACCUGGAGGAUUCACCUCUUGCACUUGAAAUUCAUGCGCUGGACUCUGAAGGAAACACUUUCAGUACUCUCGCAGGUCUGAUGUUUGACUGGACUUUAAUUAAAGACGUGGACGCCAACGGAAUCUCCGAUUCUUACAACUCUUUACGAGUUCUGAAGUUCUCCGAGUCUACAUACACGCCGCUUGGAUACAUAUCAGACAUGGAGCGUGUUGGCAAACAGGGUAAUAUCAUUUUGGUGUCGGGGCUGAAAACCGGACAUGCCAAAGUGAAGGCCAAAAUACAGGAGUCGCUCUAUCAGAACGUGCAUGCAGCUGAGGUGAAACUGCUGAUUUUGGAGAAUAUCUUGCUGAGCCCGGCACAUGACGUCUACCUGCUGGCCGGAACCUCGAUCCGGUACCAGGUCCUGAAGAUCAGACAGGGCUCCAUAACCGAGCUGUCGAUGCCCUGCGAUCAGUACGAGCUGCGCCUUCAGAACAGUGUGGUGGACCCCGGUACAAAACCCGACAUCGCCGUGGCCCGUCUGGACCAAAGGACCUCCACGGUUACAGCUGCGCAACUGGGACACAUCAAUGUAGUGCUGGACCAUAAAAGUCUUCGGAUGCAAGGAGUCUUCCGCCUUCCCAACAGCACACUGUUUGUGGUGAACCCCGCCUACCUCGGUUUUAAAAUCCAUCCAGGGGAUAGUUGGGUCCUGGAAACAGGCCGAGAGUACGAUAUCCUGAUUGAAGUCUUCGAUAAAUCUGGAAACAAAAUGUACCUCUCGGACAAUAUCCGCAUUGACUCGGUUUUCCCUCUGGACCACUUUGAAAUCCUGCACUCCUCCCUGAAUGGAUCCUAUCACCGUGUCAAAGCUCUAAAAGAAGGCCUGACCCUCUUUGAUGCCACCUUAAGAGCUGUGGUGGAUGAAAGGGGAAGGGUCCACAUGCUGGUCAACCCGGUCCACAAUGAACAGGAUGUGGAAAUUUAUCAACCCAUAGUUCUGACUCCCAGCAUUCUCACAUUCCCAUGGCAACCCAGGGUGGGCGCUUAUCAGUACACAAUUAAGGCAACAGGCGGCAGUGGAAACUUCAGCUGGUCUUCCUCCAACACGGCUGUGGCAACAGUGACGGUCAAAGGCGUGAUGACCACGGUCAGCGACAUCGGUAUUAGUGUGGUCUAUGCUCAUGAUCUGCGCAACCCACUCCACUUUGGACAGAUGAAGGUGUACGUGGUUGAACCUGUGGCCAUGGACUUUGCUCCCUGCCAAGUGGAAGCCCGGGUGGGCCUGACUCUGGAUCUGCCCCUCAGGAUAUUUGGCCUGCUGGAGGAGGAGGGGCUGGAGCGCGUCAUGUUGAGCGACUGCUCCCACUUUGACCUGCAGGUUGAUGAGGAGAGUCAAGGCAUCUUUCAGCAGCUGGAAGGUGGCCUGGCUCCAGGUGUGGGACACUGCAGCGGGGUGAAAGCCAAAGCCCUCGCCCCCGGCUACACCACUCUCUUGGUCAGCUAUAUCCAUGGCAACGUUCACCUCAGUGCCAAGAUCACCAUUGCAGCCUAUGUUCCCCUCGCUGCCAUCGACCCCGCAUCUGUGGCUGUCGUGACUCUCGGUUCCUCCAAAGACAUGCUGUUUGAAGGGGGGCCUCUGCCGUGGGUCCUGGAGCCCUCCAAAUUCUUCUGCAACUUGAAAGCCGAGCAUGAAGAACACGUGAGCCUCAGUCUGACCAGCCCGCCGGCCCAUAAUUACAAGCAGCACUGGGUCAGAGCAACCUGCAGAGCGCUGGGAGAGCAGAUGCUGGACGUGAGGGUGGGGAACAAGGCCAGCCUGACCAACCCUUAUCCUGCUGUGGAGCUGACAGCCGUGCGUGUUGUUUGUGCGCCGCCAUCCCGGCUCACACUGGUGCCAGUGUACGGCAUGCCACAGCUGGACCUGCCAUGCCCACUGCUGCAGCAGAACAAACAAGUGGUACCCGUUUCAAAUCACCGCAACGCCCUUUUGGAGCUGGCAGCUUUUGACCAACAAGGACGCAAGUUUGACAACUUUAGCUCGCUGAACAUGGUGUGGGAGUCUACCAAAGUGGCCCUGGCCAGUGUCGAGCCCACUUCCCCCAUGACUCUUCAACUUUUUGAGGAUGAAAACAAACAAAAGAAAUUGCAUGGACGGCAGACGGCUGUUGUGCAUCAUCAGUCAGGGAUUGCUGCCAUCACGGUGACCGCGCUAGAUUACCAGCUUUCACAUAUGAAAGCAGCAGCAGUUCACAGUCGACGAGAGCCUUUGACGCCCGUGUCAGCUACAUUGGAGCUCAUGUUGGUUGAAGAUGUGACAGUUUUCCCCGACACCUUGGUCAUGUACAACCACCCAGAUGUGCGGGCUAGCUUGGCCUUGCGAGAAGGUUCAGGCCACUUUUUCCUGAAUAGCAGCGUUAAAGGGAUUGCAGAUGUGGCAUUCCAUGAGGCCCAGAGAACAGCUCAGGUUGCUCCACUUCACCCAGGAGAGGUGCAAGUGAUGGUUCAUGACCUGUGUCUGGCAUCCCCGUCAGCAGUCGCAGCCAGCGUCCAUGUUUCCGACAUCCUGGAGGUGAACCUGAGAGUGGUGGACAAGGUGGAGAUUGGUAAAUCAGUCAGAUGCUACGUCAGAGUGUUGGAUGACCACAAGAGGCCGUUCCCAGCCAGCUAUUUCCAGUUCAUGAAGUUGAAAGUCAAGGCAGCUUCUGCGAUAGUUUGGUUAACCCCAGUAGCAGAGUCCACAGAACAUGACACCGCAGUGUUCCUGGUGAAAGGUGUUUCUGUGGGCCAGACCACUUUGUCUGCAGUCGUCGUGGAUACCACCGACAGGAAGAUUUCAUCUGCUCCUCAACAGAUCGAGGUGUUUCCUCCGUUCAAGCUCAUCCCCAGGAAAAUGACUCUGCUGAUCGGCGCAAUGAUGCAGAUCACAUCAGAGGGUGGCCCUCAGCCCCAGUCCAAUAUUUUGUUUUCCAUCUCCAACGAGGAUGUCGCCGGCGUGAGCGGCGUGGGUCACGUCAGGGGUGUGACCCUGGGUAACGUCACUGUGACAGGACUGGUUCAAGCCGUCGACGCUGAAACCGGAAAGCUGGUGGUGGUGUCGAAGGACCAAGUCGAUGUUGAGGUUGUGCAUUUGACUGCCAUUCGAAUCAGAGCACCCAUCACACGAAUCAAGACAGGAGCUCAGAUGCCCGUAUAUGUCAUGGGUUUGACCAACAGUCAAACACCCUUCACUUUUGGUAAUGCUCUGCCUGGACUCACUUUCCACUGGUCCACCAGCAAGAGGGACAUCCUGGACGUCCAGCCAAGACACUCUGAGGCUAAUGUGGAACUGGGCCCCGAGAACAACUUCGGCAUGAGUGUGACUGGACGGACGAAAGGCCGGACCGGGCUCAAGGUGGUCCUCAAAGUUGUAGACCCUGUCGUCGGCCAAUUUGCUGGUAAUCUCCGAGAGCUCCAAGAUGAGAUUCAAAUCCAGGUCUAUGACAAGCUGCACAUGCUUAAUCCCCAAGUGGAGGCUGGAGAGAUACUGAUGGCUCCCAACUCGGUCCUCAAACUCCAAACCAACCGGGACGGCAUGGGUGCAGUCUCGUACCGGAUGCUGGCUUGCACUGAGCAGCCGGUUAGCGCACAAGUGGACGCUAAGGGCCUCCUCUCCUCAGGCUCCCUCACUGGCAUCUCAUCACUGCUGGUCACCUCACAAGAGUCCUUUGGUGUCAAUCAAACUCUCACCGUUGCAGUAAAGGUGGUCCCUGUGUCCUACGUGCGCCUCAGCAUCAGUCCGGUGUUGCACACGCAGACCAGGGAGAGCCUCAAAGCCCUCCCCUUGGGCAUGGUCCUCACCUUCACUGCUCAUUUCCACGGCAGCACUGGAGAGGCGCUGCACAGCUCCAACAGCCAUCUCACCUUCUCCACUAACAGGGAUGACCUUGUGCAGGUGGGCUCUGGGCCCGCUAACCACACCUUGACCGUCCGGACCGUCAACGUGGGCUUGACGCUGCUGGCGGUGUGCGACGAUGAAAACACAGCCGUGGCAGACUACAUCCCGCUUCCCGUGGCGCACGCCAUCCAUCCCACGGAGGCCCAGAGGCUGGUGGUGGGCGACGUGGUCUGCUUCGCCGCGCAGCUGGUUAGUCAGGAAGGAGGCCACGGUGCUUGGAGCUCCUCGGCCAACGGCGUGCUCCAGGUGGACCCCAAAACUGGUGCAGCUGUAGCCAGAGACUCUGGGACGGCGACGGUGUUCUACGAGUUAGCUGGUGUUCUAAAAACCUACACCGAGGUGGUGGUGGAGGCGGCUACAAAAACGGUGGCAAUGGCGCAGGCCUCACCUGUCAGAAUUGGCAAGGAAACCAAGGUUCUGAUCACGACCAGAGGACAAGGAAACAACCUCAUUGGGACCUGCUCCUCUGUCCACACACAAGCUAUUGCGCAACUGCAGCCGGAAACUUCCGUCACCUGCCACCUCAGCUUCACCAGCGCUUCUGUUGAUUUCCCCGCCAGCAGCGUCAUCCACUCCCACACCAGCUUCGACCCCAACAUGGGCUUCUACACGUGCUCCAUCACCUUGCAGCCAAUGGCGGAGCAGCUGAGCAGAGUUCUCAGCAUGUCAAUGACCAGCCUGCUGGUGAAGGCGGGCCUGGAGGGCAGCGCCUUCUCGGGGGAGCAGAUCAGCGCCCGGCUGCCCAUGGAGUCGGGGCUCUACUCGGAUGUGACGGAGCUGCUGCUCUCAAAGCUGCACUCCUCAGCAGAGAUCAGCGUGUUUGGUCCCGCUGCUGCGCUGGCAGACGUGAAGCUGGUGUCCAGUUCUCCCAUGGUCACUAUUCGAGAGGGUGAGGUGCACGGCUCCUUCUCCAAGUACACCAUCAGUGCUGUGGACCUCCACGCUGCUGGCUCCGCCUCCAUUACCAUCAGUAGUGCCUCCUCGGGUCAGAGGCUCAUCAUCCCUGUCACUUUGGUACACGGGAGCGAUCUCAGUGAGAAGACGCAAGCAGCUGCUGCAACACUUGCUAACUUGGAGGGCGCUCUGCCGCUGGCUGCCUUCAGAAGCUCCUACCAGAUGAUGCUCUUCACCCUCUUUGCACUGCUGGCUGCCACGGCCAUCGUCAUCAUCGUUCUCCACACCGUCUUUUCUCCCAAGCAACAAACGUACCCGCCCUCUUUCAUCCAGAAGACUCCGCCUCCUCUCACAGCGUUUUCAGCCCCGGUGUCUCCGGCCAAGAACUCCUUCAACCACUCCGCACCCAGAGGGGAUCCCGGCAGCAGCCCUCGUUUUCGUCUUUAUUCCCCGGACUACAUGUCCUGACCUCCCCUUCAUCAUCACCAUCACCUUCAUCACUGAACGUGCCUCUGAGGGUCAGCAUGGACGCUGAUCACAUGACUGUGCAACCUUUGCAAGUAUAUUUUGGUACCCGACUUCUUACGAGUGAAUAGUUCUUAGUUUAGCGAUUCAAAGAAUUGUUGUUAUUGUUUUAUUGUGCACCUUGUUUGUUUAGGAGAGAACUUGACUGUAAACACUGUCCACUCAACUCGUCGUCCUAAAAAUGUGCAUUAGUGCUUCUUUUAAAUGUUUUUGGGACAUUUUGUCUUUUUGAAGGUUUGAGCCACCAAAACGUGCAGCUUGUUUUUAUUUCGUGAAUGUGAACUCGUUGAAGAUGUGAAGCUUUUUUCUGUUGCUUUCUCAGAGACCUCGACGACACGACUGUAUGCGCGCAACAUGGUUGUGUACGCUCUCACGCUUGGCGAAUAAAGUGUUUCAUUUCCUCAAAAAUACACACAAUUUGUUGUAUUUUAAAAUGAAGUCCAUCUACAAAAGGUAAACAU